AUGGCGUCUGAUGUAGAAAGCUUUGAUGAAGGCAAAAUGUCUUCAUGCGAAAUUGCUCUGAAAACGCGCAAGCAAAAACGGACGAAAAGAAACGAGCCAGAAAUCGAUAAUGGAUGCUUGAAUAAGCUCAAACAUAGUGGUUUAACGUGGAGAAAUAAAUUUGAGAUCUUGGCCCUAUCUUCGAUAAUCAUCUUUGAUCACGUUUGCCCAUACCCGAGCGUGUUCACGCUAAAGGAGUGGCAGAUGAUAACUGAACAAAACCCGGUGGUUCCCGAGAAUGUGUCUACAGC